GUGGCGCCGCUCUCGCCAAGGCCGUCCAGAACGCGAGUCAGUCGGUGUCGUCGUCGGCGGACAUGUUAAAUUCGGCCGUCUUUUCUCAGGCGACGUCCUCAAAGUGUUGAAAUCGGUGCAUUUCCUGUGUCGUGGGGCGUGCGGUGGUCGCGUGGAAUCGGCAUCGGGCGGCGGUUGGUGUCGGUGCGUGGUGGUGGCGGCCGCUCGGCCAUCGGACCUCCAAGGGUGGUGUACGGCGAGUCUCCCGUCCCCGAGUGAGUAGUGUCGUCGUCGUCGUGGUGGUGGUCAUCGUCGUCGUCCGCUAUUUUGGUCCGGCUGGAUGUAGUGGGGCCAUCCGUCCUUAGUAAAAAUAGCAGGCGUGAUGGCGGGCCCCCGCUGGUGACUGGGGCCGGGGGCCUUGGGCCGCUAUGAUCGGGUGCUGAGCAUUGAGCGCGGCGGGCGAGGACAGCCACGGUGGCGUCGGGUCCAGAGUGCGGCCCUGUGGCCGCCGACAAGGGGGCUGAUUGCUGGUGGUCCCCUCUGGCGGCCAUGGGCUGCUUCGGCAACAGGGACGCCGCCGCCGCCUCCUCAGAGGACAUCAGGAGCCAGAAGAGGAUCAACGACCACAUCAACAGACAGCUGGCCAAGGAGAAGCAGGUCUACAGGGCCACGCACAGGCUCCUGCUCCUGGGGGCCGGCGAGUCCGGCAAGUCCACCAUCGUCAAGCAGAUGCGGAUUCUGCACGUCAACGGAUUCAGCGAAAGGGAAAAGAAACAGAAGAUUGAAGACAUCAAGAAAAACAUCAGAGAUGCCAUUAUUACAAUAACGGGAGCAAUGUCGACUUUGGCUCCUCCCGUGCCAUUAGAAAAGCCAGAGAAUCAAGCCCGAGUGGACUGGAUUCAGGAUUGCGCGACUGGUCCCGACUUCGAUUACCCACCCGAGUUUUAUGAACACACAGAGGCUCUCUGGAAAGACAAAGGUGUACAGGCUACGUACGAAAGAAGUAACGAAUAUCAAUUGAUAGAUUGUGCGAAGUACUUCCUUGAUCAAGUGAGUGUAAUAAAACAACCCAAUUACACUCCAACAGAGCAGGACAUCCUGCGCUGCCGUGUACUUACCAGCGGCAUAUUCGAAACGCUCUUCCAGGUUGACAAAGUCAACUUUCACAUGUUCGAUGUCGGUGGCCAAAGGGACGAAAGACGAAAAUGGAUCCAAUGUUUCAAUGACGUCACGGCGAUUAUCUUCGUCACGGCGUGUAGCUCGUAUAACAUGGUGUUGAGGGAGGAUCCCACCCAAAAUAGGCUGCGCGAAAGCCUCGACCUGUUCAAAUCCAUAUGGAACAACAGGUGGUUGCGUACCAUUUCCGUCAUACUUUUUCUCAACAAGCAGGAUCUGCUCGCGGAAAAAAUCCUUGCAGGAAAAAGCAAACUGGAGGAUUACUUUGCCGACUUUGCGCGCUAUCAGCCGCCCCAGGAAGUCGCGAAUGACGCAAACGAACCUCCGGAAGUUUUUCGCGCCAAGUACUUCAUUCGAGACGAGUUCCUGCGUAUAAGUACAGCCUCUGGUGAAGGCAAGCACUAUUGUUAUCCUCACUUUACUUGUGCCGUUGAUACGGAGAAUAUCAAGAGAGUGUUUAACGACUGCCGUGAUAUCAUUCAGCGUAUGCACCUCCGCCAGUAUGAACUCUUAUAACCGCCCACCUCAUUUUUUAGUCUGUUGUUUUGUCUCCAACGCUUUCUUACUAACAAAAGUCGAUUCCAUGAUGAUUACGUUUGUCAACUAACACACAUACACUAAACAAACUGUAGGACCAACUGAGACAACGCAAAUUUCAUUUUUUCAUACUAAAGUAGUGUCGUCAGUAAAAAAACAAGUUGACAAUUUGGCAAACGUAACACGUUCUCUGUCAGUCACGUGGUAUAUUGUGUAUCAUUAUCUAAUGCAUUUCAUUGUAAUUGUUUUGACAAUUUUUUAUCAUUUUUAGACGCGAGUAUCAUGAUAAAAGUACAAAUCACUGAAGUUUCAGUCAAUUUGCCAUAAUCUCUUUUGUCGAGUUUUGUUAUUUCUCAUGGACCCAUAUGUGUUUGUCAUGAACAUCAUUGUGAUAUCAAAUUAGUGGUUAUGUAGAUCAUAUAAAAUAGCAAAUAAGUUAUUGAUUUACCGAUUUUUUGUUUUACGUUGAGUGGAGGCGUGAUUUUUCAAACGAAGAAGUUGACGCCCUGUUUCCGGGCAAUUGCAACAAUUGGGGCAGGGGGGCGGUCGCUAUGGUGCUCUCUUUCGUUUUUUAUUGUAGAGGAUCAUGGGUGUGUGUGGGGCGGCCGUCCCAGAAGCGUCUCUACGAUCGGUGAAUAUGUUCAUGAAUUCUAUUCAUAUUUUUGGAAUUGUGAUAAUCUAACUUUUUAUACACUUAUCAAUGAAUUGUUUGUAAAAAAGUCGAAUUUCGUGUGCAAUCUCAUUUAAAAAGAAGUAAAAUCGAGGAUCGCAGUUAACAAUCAUUAUUUGUAAUGAUAUAUUUUUUAUAUGUUAACCUUAAAGUGUUGUAUUUAUUUUUAUUAUUUGUUGAGAUUAGUGCUAGUGCAAUAAUUUAGUUGAUUUUGGCACAACUGUUUGUGUUUCCAUCUGAUGUUCUUCUGCUCAAUUCAAAGAAUUCGUACUUAAGUCGGGGGUGGGGAUGGACGGUAUGGCGCGCGUUUUUGAGUUGAGUAGAUCCAGUUUAGUUGUUGGUUUUACUAAUCUACUACAGAUAGUGUAAGCGAUGGAGACUUUUAAUUUUUACAAUCUGUAGAUGCACAAAGAAGAGUGUGAAUCUAGCUAUAUGUCCAUGAAACCAACUUGUAAAAUAAGGUACGGAACUAGUGUAAUACAUCACUAUAGAUCAGUGUGUUUCGUCUCUCAAUCGUUGCGUUCUGAUUGGUUCUUAUCGGUUUUAGUUUACCUUAUUUGUGAGUUCGGUUCGGCGGGAUUAUCACUCUGAUAAAUUCAUGCUUUUAUUAGUUCGGUAGUGACUAAUUAAUAAUAAAAUAUAUAUGUGCCGCUAGUCUAAUAAACGGAACAAUGAAAUUGCGUUUGUUCAUUUGUUUUUUAUUUCGGCGAGUUGCACUGUUCCAGUUUAAAAAGUUUACUGAAUGUUAUAUUUGUUAAUAAAUUAUAAAUAUUUAUAUCUGUAAAAGUGAGUUUGUGGUCAAGUCGUAGAAACGUUUCUUUUCUUUACUCAAAAAAAAAAAAACUUUUACCGGCCAGAAUAUUCGAUGUCAUUGAAUGUAUAGAUAAAAAAGUUUUACUUCUUGACUAUAUACACACUCUAAGAUUCGGCUGACUGUAUUAUAUCAGCAUAUUGUAGGAAUCUCUUAAGUUUUAAAAAACAUUUUUCGUUGGUUGUCAAUAUGCCGAUAGCAUACAUGAACCUGUUCUUCCUGACUCCUGGUGACUCAGAGUGACCUCGGUGGUCGGGUUAUUGCACAACUGCAGUAAAAGCAAUUUUGUCUAGGUAUAUGGGAAGAAAAGCAGCGAGCGUGUGUGAAUGCCUGAGCGCGAGCAAAUGUGUGUGAAUUCAUCGUUGUGAGCUGAUCUAAGCAGUAUUCUUUUAUUUUAUUUGUUUAUUGUUUUGCCAAUAUUGUAUAUGUGAACACAAUGUGAGAUUCAAAGCAUGCGCUGUUUGGUGAAAACUGCCUGUAAUGAAUCUUGUAUCUAUAAAUAUAUAAAUAAAUGAAUAAAAUAUGAAAUUAUAUGAAGAUAUGUAACUAAAUGACCUGUAAUAAAUAUGUCUUAUUUAAAAAAA